GUUCUAAGAGAUCAGCAUCAGUUUGAUCAUAGCACAACGUUCGUACAAUAUCGUAAAUCAGACACUGCUGGCGACACUGAGCGACACAAGGCGGAAGAUGGCGCUGAAGUUUAUUCUUUUCCUGGUGGCAGCAGUGGGCGCCGCCAGCUUGCAAGACUAUCAACAGCCCCAGAACCAGCAGCAGCAGCAGCAGCACCAGUCGCAGCAGCAGCAACAACAGCUGCAGCAGCAACACACUACAGAGCCAGAGAACCGUCUGCAACCGAACGACAAUCGAUUUGUUGUGGACUCGCACAAUACUAACGAAGAACAGAUCGGCUAUGACUUCUCGUACUCCGUUCACGAUCCCGUUACCGGAGACCAGAAGAGCCAGGAGGAGUCGCGCCGAAAUGGGCACGUCCGUGGCCAGUACUCUUGGGUUGACGCGGACGGCAUUCGUCAAAUAGUCGACUACCGCGCCGAUGAUCGCACCGGCUUCAACGCCCAGCAACGGAGCGAACCCGUCAAUCGACCGCGCCUGAACCGAGUGUUGAAGCUCGUGCCUGCUCAGUCGGUUAAGCCGCUGUACACGAUCGACACCGUACUCGCCCCAGCCUACACGUCUGUGACACGAGUCGAUCAGGUCCGCCGACGAGACCAGGAUACUCGCGGUGGCCGAGAAGGGCAGCAAAGUGAAAAACUCGGGGAUGCUCGGGGUAAUCGGCGGGAUGAGCUCAGUGACCAGCGAGAUGAACGGCCCGAGGGGCCCGACCACAAGGAUCGUCACGAGGAACGCCAUGAAGAGCGGCGCGAAGAACACCGUGACGAUCGGCGUCAGCAGGAUCAGCAACGGGAAGACCGCCGGGAUGAGGAUCGCCGGGAACGCGAACGCCACGAUGAACGCCGGGCAGAGCACCGGGACGAGCGUCGUAAUGAGCAACGCCAGGAAAACCAGGACGAUCGCCGUCAGCAAGGACUCGGUGCUGGAAUUCAGUCGGAGGUCCGAUUCCAUGCCCCUUCUGUGACGUACGAAUACCAAAUGGCAUUCAAAUUUGUUGCCUUCUUCGCCGUGCUGGCUGCUGCUAGCGCCGGAGUCAUUCCGAUCGAGGAAGUUCACCACGAGUACCAACCAGCGGCGUACUCGGCACACUUGGCCCAGCCGACGUUGAUCAAGACCGUGGCACAACCGACGAUCGUAAAGACCGUUGCCCAGCCGACCUACAUCAAAACGAUCGCUCAGCCCACUCUGGUCAAGCACAUCGAUGAGGAUCACGAUGCUCAGUAUGAUUUCUCCUACGGCGUGCACGACGAUCACACCGGUGACAUCAAGAGCCAGCACGAGUCCCGCCACGGCGAUCAGGUCCACGGGCAGUACAGCCUGAUCGACUCCGAUGGCCAUAAGCGUACGGUUGAGUACACUGCCGACGAUCACAACGGGUUCAACGCCGUCGUUCACCGCGAACCGACCGACUUCAAGAUCCCCCAGCCGGCUGUCCACAAGAUCAUCGCACAGCCAGCCCUCACCAAGGUUAUUGCUCAACCUGCCAAAAUCCUUGCCGCCCAGCCGACGUACGUUGCCGACUAUCACCACUCUGCCCCGGCUGUGAUCAAGACCGUCGGUUUGUCCCACUACUAG